AUGCGGCUGGCAGCCAUCUUGAAAGAUGUAGGUCUUUCAGCUUCGCCACGAAUUUGGCGACCUUUUCGAAAGUAUUUACUUGCGAGGCCUCUCCGGGCCUUUGCAUGCCAACGACGAUUCACCAAUGCCCCCUUGUUCUAUCAGGAGAACGCGCCGCAAAAGGUCGAGCUUCGACCAUACCAGAAGGCGAGCAUCGAUGCCGUUCUCGAGUAUCUUGCCAGGGGUGAGAAGCGACUUGGGCUAUCUCUCGCCACUGGAAGCGGUAAAACGGUCAUAUUCAGUCAUCUAAUUGACGAGGUGCGAUCACCUCUUCCCGAUGCCACGCAAACCCUCAUACUCGCUCACCGGAAGGAGUUGGUGGAGCAAGCUGCGAAGCAUUGCCGGAAUUUGUACCCAGAGAAGACGGUCGAUAUCGAAAUGGCCUCCCAGCACGCAUCCGGUCUUGCGGACAUCACUGUAGCGUCUGUUCAGAGUAUAACAUCUGGAGACCGCCUAAUGCGCUACGACCCAGCCAAGUUCAAGCUCAUAAUCGUUGAUGAGGCACAUCAUAUCGUGGCACGGCGUCACCUGGAUGUUUUGCGGCAUUUCAAAUUGACAGACAAGGAUGACUUGGGUGCUGCGGCUCUUGUCGGUGUAUCAGCGACCUUUUCCAGGCAUGAUGGUGUGGGACUCAACGCGGCCAUUGAUCACAUCGUGUACCAUAAGGACUACGUCGAUAUGAUUGAAGGGAAUCACUUGGCCGGAGUGAUCUUCACCUCAGUCCGCUCUGGUGUUGACUUGUCCAACGUGAAGUCUCGCGCUGGAGACUUUCGGACGAAGGAACUUGCCGAAGCUGUCAACAAAGACGAAAUCAACACCAUCACUGUGAGAGCGUGGCUGGAAAAGGCCGCUUCUAGAAAGUCAACGUUGGUGUUCUGUGUCGAUCUGGCUCAUGUAGCGAGCCUGACAGCGGCUUUCCGUCAGCAUGGUAUCGAUGCCCGGUUUGUGACGAGCGACACUCAUGCAAAAGUUCGAACAGAAAGAUUAGACGCUUUCAAAGCGGGCAAAUACCCAGUGCUUCUGAAUUGUGGGAUAUUCACGGAAGGAACCGACAUUCCCAACAUCGACUGCAUCAUACUCGCACGGCCAACUCAAUCCCGAAAUCUCUUGGUCCAGAUGAUCGGGAGAGGCCUGCGGAAAUACCCUGGAAAGGAAAAUUGCCAUGUCAUCGAUAUGGUGACUUCGUUGGAAGUCGGGAUUGUCACUACGCCCACGCUCUUCGGUCUAGAGGCUGGCACACUCUUGGAAGCUGCCGAUCCCCGACACAUGGCUAGCAUUCGUGAAAGGAGAGAGAUUGAGAGGCAAAGAGAAGUUGAAGCUUUGGCUCCUCCCAGCCAAACAGGUCUUGCUCAAGUAAUGACAGGCCAGGUGACAUUCACGGAUUACGACAACAUCAACGAUUUGAUUGGCGAUAGCACUGGUGAACGCCAUAUCCGAGCAAUAUCACAGCUAGCCUGGGUACAGAUCGAUGAGAGUCGCUACAUGGUCUGCAACAGGGACGGCGCGUUUUUGACCAUCGUCAAGAACGAGGAUUCCAGCCAGUACACAGUCAUGUACACUGCCAGACUACCAUCGGAGGCCACUUCGAAGUCACCAUUUGCCCGGCCACGACAAGUCGGAAAAUCUCCGCAAUUUGAGCAUGCGGUCCACGCUGCAGAUACAUUCGCUAUGACCAUCUUCCCCCUGCACUUUGUCUCCAAGAGUGCGCCAUGGCGGAAGGGUCCAGCUUCAGAGAAGCAACUCGCUUUCUUGAACAGAUCGCGUCAAGAAGGCGAGAAGCUUCGGGUAGGAGACUUGACCAUGGGACGAGCCGCGGAUCAAAUCACGAAAAUAAGACACGGUGCGCGGGGACGCCUUAAUCGGAUCCAAGGAGAGAGGAAGAAGCUUGGGCGAGAGGCAGCGAGGAGGGAGAAGUGGCAGCGCAGGUUCAACCCGCAGGUCAAAGCUGGCCCCGUGCUUGGUAAUGUUCGAUGA